AUGUCUUCAGUUUAUGUAUUCCACUGCUUCCUUUCUCAGAACAUAGAAGACAUCACUCUGGCUGCAGCUUGUGCUCCUCCUGGUGGUGGAAGAAAUGAGAUCAGCCCACGACUUCUUAAACAUUUUUGUAUGUUUGUUCUACCACAAUCUUCAGUAGAGACACUACAGCAUAUAUUCCAGGUACAACUGGGUACAUAUAUGGAAAACCGUGAAUUCAUGCCUGAUGUUCAAGAGUGUAGAGAUGGUCUGGUUUCUGCUUCAAUAGCUGUUUACCUUAAGAUGUGUACCAGCAUGUUGCCUACUCCAGCCAAAUCCCACUACACAUUUAAUCUGCGGGACUUAUCCAGGGUGGUUCAGGGAAUAAUGCAGGCCAAUGAGACUGUAAUUGUUUCAAAGGAAACAGUAGCUGAGUUAUUUAUACAUGAAGCAUCUCGUGUGUUCCAGGAUCGUUUAGUUGACAUCCCAGACCGAAAAGUUUUUUAUGGGAUUCUUUCAGAAGAUUUGCAUACUUAUUUCAAGGUACAGAGGAGUUCAGAUGAUCUGAUGAAGAAACCAAUAAUAUUUGGUGAUUUUCUGGAUAUGAAUGUCCCAGUCAGCAGUAGAACCUAUCAGCAUAUUCUGAAUCACAAGAAGCUUGGCAGUGUACUAGAAGAGUAUCGAAUGAGAAGGGGAAAUAACAGCAGUCAGACCCCUCUUGUGUUUUUUAAAGAAGCAAUGGAACAUACUACUAGAGCUGCCAGAGUCUUCAGACAGCCAGGAGGUCACAUGAUGCUGAUUGGAUUAGAUGGAACUGGAAAGGAGACUUGUGCACAACUGGCCUGCCAUAUUUCAGGUUGCAGCCUCUAUAAAAUUUCUGAUACCCAAAACUAUAACCAUACAGAUUUCAGGGAAGACCUCAAAAAGGUUUACAGACAGACUGGGCUGCAAGGUCAACAUCUGGUCUUCCUUAUCACUGAUGCUGAUAUUGUCAAGGAAUCAUUUUUGGAGGACUUGAACAGCAUUCUUAAUUCAGGAGAGGUGAUGGACUUAUUUGACAAUGAAGAAAUAGACAACAUUGUUGUAGAAUUAAAAGCUGCAGCUGCAGAGGCCAGUAUUUCUGACAGUGCACAGGAUGUAUAUGCUUUCUUUUUGCAGCAAGUACACAGUAGACUUCAUAUAGUAUGGGGUACAAGUCCAGCUGGAACACUUUUUCGCCAGAGAUGUCGCAAGCAUCCUUCCCUUGUUAACUGCUGCACAAUAGACUGGUAUGAUGAGUGGCCCCAAGAGGCUCUGCUUAGUGUUGCAAAUAGUUUCCUAAAACUUGAGGAUACCAACAUGCACUCACAGGUCGCACAAGUCUGUGUUGAAAUUCACAAAAGUGUUUCUGUUGCAGCUGUACAAUACUUAGAAGAAUUCAGAAGACACUGCUAUAUCACUCCAACUAGUUAUUUAGUUUUUUUAGACACAUUCAAUCAUAUAUUGGGAAACAUGAAAAGAACCCUUCAAGGAGAAAGAGAGCAAUUCUACAAUGGCCUUACCAAGCUGUCUGAAGCGACAUCAUUAGUUGAAAUAAUGCAGAAAGAUCUGGUUGCACUUGGACCACAAAUAGUGCAGAAAUCAAAGGACAUUGAAGAACUAAUGGUAAAACUGCAAAGAGACUCAGAGGCAGUGGAGAAGGUCCGAGCUAUUGUAAAACAGGAAGAGGAAAUCAUGGCAGAAGAAGCACGUAUUGUACAAGAAUAUGCUGAGCAAGCAUCUGAAGAAUUAAAUGCGGUGAUGCCAGUCUUGCAACAAGCUGUUUCUGCACUUGAUGCCCUGGAAAAAGCUGACAUCUCAGAAAUAAGAGUCUACACAAACCCUCCUGAUCUUGUUUUGACUGUUAUGGGUGCAGUUUGCGUACUUCUUCAACAGAGACCUGACUGGUCUACAGCAAAGCUUCUCUUGGCAGAUCCAGGAUUUCUUAAGCGAUUGGUGACCCUUGAUAAAGAAAACAUACCAGACAAGGUGUUUCUAAAGCUGAAACGAUACUUAAAUAAUCCUGAUUUUAACCCAGUGAAAGUUGGAUUAGUGUCUACUGCCUGUCGCUCCAUGUGUCAGUGGGUGUUAGCCCUUGAACAUUACCACAAAGUGUGCAAAAUGGUUGAGCCAAAACAGCGCAGAGUGGUAGAAGCUCAAGAAGCAUUAAAGAUCGCUGAGCAGCAUUUAAUGGAGAAGCAGAAGAGCUUACAAAAGAUUGAAGAACAUCAGGAAAGGCUGCAGCAGUUCUAUAAUGAAAAUGUGCAUCAGAAAGAAAUGUUGGCAGAACGGAAAAUACUAACAAAGCAACGUCUCAAACGUGCUUCAGUUCUGGUUUCAGCACUGGAUGAAGAAAAGGUACGGUGGAAAGAAUCUGUGAAUGAACUGGAGCAGAGGCUUCAAGGAAUUGUUGGAGAUAUACUGGUUUCUUCUGCCUGCAUAGUUUAUAGUGGAGUGUUUACAGCAGGAUAUCGUUGCAGGCUUCUUAAGGAAUGGCUGUGUUUCUGUGGCACUAACAACAUACCUAUAUCUUCUGAGUUUACCUUGAUCAAGGCAAUGGUAGACAAGAACCAAGUGCUUAAGUGGCAUAAUGGGGGGUUGCCUCCUGAUCAGUAUUCCACUGAGAAUGCUAUUAUGGUGAAUAAAGGACAACGUUGGCCAUUACUUAUUGACCCACAAGGGCAGGCACAUAAAUGGAUUCUGCAAAUGGAGGGCAACAAAUUACAGAAGGUCCUCGCUUCUGAUCCAACCUAUAUGAAAACUCUAGAGAAUGCGAUUCAGCUUGGAGCUCCUGUGCUAUUGAUGGAUGUCACAGAGACACUAGAUCCAAGGUUAAGGACAAUAUUAACAAAAGAUGUGUACAGAAAAGGAGGGCAAGACCUCAUCAAGAUUGGAGACACUGAGUUGGAAUACAAUCACAACUUUAGGUUAUACAUGACUACACAACUACCCAAUCCACAUUUUCUCCCAGCAGUGUGUGUGGUUGUCACUCUCAUUAACUUCACAGUGAAAUUUGAGGGCCUGCAAGAUCAACUGUUAUCUAGCGUUGUUGCUCAUGAACAUCCACAGCUAGAGAAGGAGCACCAGCAUCUGUUGGAGAGUGUUGCUGCUGACUUCCACACAUUACGUGAGCUAGAGAAGAAAUCCCUGACCUUGCUGCAGAAGACUGAAGGGCAUAUUUUAGAUGAUCAGGACCUUAUUGACACAUUGCAGAGGUCAAAAGUCACAUCAAAAGAGAUUGUCAUUCGGGUCCAAGCAUCAGAAUCCACAGAGAAGACAAUUGAUGUCACUCGUAAGAAGUACCUUCCCAUAGCAAAAAGAGGUGCUGUGUUAUAUUUUGUUGUUGCUGACCUGGUUAAGCUUGAUUACAUGUAUCAGUUCUCUCUGGACUGGUUCCAUCGGUUAUUUGUGGAUACUAUUGAUUCUGUGAACAAAAAGAAAAGGAAAGGCUCUGUAACUGAGAAUCUACCUGAAAAAGUUCCUUUAACAAUACGGGCCCUCAGCAAGCAGAGACAAGUUAACCUAACACCAGAAAAUGAAGAUCAGCCUAUUUCAAGCACAGAUGGCUUUGAUGAACUACUUCUCAAAAAAAUGAGUGCAUUGACUGAAAAUGUAUACAAGGUUGUCUCUUGUGCCUUGCUCAUUAAUCACCAGCUCUGCUUUUCCUUCAUGCUGUGCACAACAAUCAUGCGAUAUAACACCGAGGAGGAUAAUAUGUUCAGCAAUUUGGGAGCCAUACUUGAGAGUGAAUGGAACAUGUUUCUGCACUCAGCCGUGUUGGCUAACGUGGUUGACCAUAACAAGCAGUGUGAUGACAUUAAUGGUAUGGAUUUCAAGCUGUGUGCCCCUGGGCCAUGGCUUACAGAUACUAUGUGGCAGCAAUGCCAGUAUAUCAGCAGUCACCUAAAAACAUUCUCCCUUCUUUGUUCUUCACUGAGCUCAAACAUUGACCAGUGGAACCAGUUCAUCUCUAGUAGGAAUCUGUAUCACAUUCUUAGUGAGCCUUAUAAACCCACUGCAACAAGUGUUCCCAGCGUGUCUAUCUCCAUCCCAUCUGGCCCAGGCAACUACCUGCUGGUGCCAGGACACCAAAGCAAUGAAUAAGGGCAAAAUCUGUGUAUCAUUACAUUCCCAUGGGAGAUGCUGUCUUCCUUCCAAAAGCUUCUUUUGAUAAAGAUUCUGAGACCACAAUACCUAACUGGAGCAGUGCGUGACUUUAUUACAGAAAAAAUUGGAGCCACCUACCUUCAGAAUAAAGGAAUCAACUUAAAGGAAGCAUACAAGGAGACUAACUCCAACACUCCACUGAUCCUUAUCCUUUCAUCAGGCAUGGAUCCAGCAGCUCACCUACUACGACUGGCAGAGGAACUCAGAGGAAAUACAUUACAUGUUGACAUGGUAUCACUUGGGCAGGGGCAAGGGCCCAAAGCAGAAGAAUUAAUCAACAAAGCACGGAUAUUGAAAGGACGCUGGGUCUUUCUUCAGAACUGCCAUCUUGCAAGUUCAUUUAUGCCAAGGCUUCAGAGUAUUGUAGAAUCACUUGCGAAGAUAAAUGCUGACACUGAUCCAGAGUUUAGGUUAUGGCUCAGCUCAAAACCAGAUCCUUCCUUCCCUAUCACCAUACUGCAGAAAGGAUUCAAGAUGGCAGUCGAACCACCUCAAGGAUUAAAGGGAAAAUUACUUCAAACGUUCAGCUGCAAUGGCUCAGGAGAGGUAACUGAGAAAAACUAUGAAAAGGAAACACUAGGACCAUACUGGAAGAAACUGCUGUUUAGUUUAUGUUUCUUCAAUGCAGUGGUCAAUCAAAGGAAGAAAUAUGGAGUUUUAGGCUGGAAUAUUCCUUAUGAAUUUACAUCUUCUGAUCUAGAGGUUUCCAUUCAGGUGCUGAAAAUGCUUCUGGAGGAGAACAAAGGGAUCCAUUGGCAAGCACUGCAGUAUUUAACAGGGGAAGUGGUAUAUGGUGGACGUGUGACUGAUCACUGGGACCGACGAUGUCUGCUCCAUAUCCUUAAAAGAUUUUAUAAUCCUGAGAUUUUGCAAGAUGGACAUGUUUUCUAUAGUAACAAGGUUUAUUGGCAUUGUUUAAAUGCAACAAGCCUAGAAGAGUGUAGGAAUUUUAUACAGUCCUUACCAGAUUCAGACUCCUCAGUGAUGUUUGGAAUGCAUCCUAAUGCUGAAAUAGCAUUUCUGGAAUCUCAGGCCCAAGAAUUUAUUGAAACUAUUGUCAGUAUUCAGCCUCGCAUUGGAGCAAAAAACUAUAUCAGUGAUGAGAAGACCUGUGAUGAAACAGUGCUGGACACAGUGUUAGCCAUACUGAAGCAGCUGCCUGAAACUGUGGAAGAAAGAAGAGAAAAAAUUACUUCAGGACAGGCAAUGGACACAAAUUUUCACUGUACAUUGGCAGAUUUGAUGUCAGGGCCCAAGUGGGAUAACCUUGUUAAAAAUACUGAAGGUUAUGAUCCUUUGCUUAAAUCAGCUUUGAUAACAGUUCUACGACAAGAGAUUGAUCGAUUUAACCAUUUGUUAUCUGUUAUCCUCUCCUCGUUACGUUUUCUUCAUCAGGCUGUAAAAGGGGAUAUUAUCCUAACAGAGGGUUUAGAAGAGGUCUAUGAUGCAUUCCUUAACAGAAGGAUACCACUGCUGUGGCAGCGACAUUCCUAUGAAUCAUGCAAACCUUUGGGAUCCUGGGUAAGUGACCUCACUCAGAGGAUAGAUUUUUUCAGCACAUGGGCAGACAAUGUAACUACCUGCAUCCAUUUAAGAUUUGGCAUUCCAGCUCCCUCUCCAAAGGAAAAUAAGAUGCUUGAAACUAUGUCAACUGAGACUUCUAAAAGGGAUACUGAGGAUGAUGAAUUCACUCUCUACCAUCCCCGGCGUUUUUGGCUGUCAGGUUUCUUUUUUCCACAAGGUUUUCUCACUGCAGUACUACAGAACUAUGCACGAAGCAAAGGAAUACCUGUGAACUCCCUUACCUUCACUCAUCAGAUCAUUUCUACAAAUGAAGAUACUGAAGAGUACCUUAGCAAUGUAAACAGAAAACAAGGCAUUAAAGAAUCUGCUUUCAAGGGGUCAUGUCAAUUGGAGGAUGGCAUUCUGGUAUUUGGCUUAUAUAUAGAUGGUGCUAGAUGGGACCCCAUUGCCAACACAUUACAGGAUUCAGUACUUCACCAGAGAUUUUACUGCAUCCCUGACAUCCAUUUUUUGCCAAAACAGAUUACUUCUGAAACAAAACACCUUAAAUCAGAUGAACAACCAAGUAAACACACCAUGUACUAUGAAUGCCCACUGUACAGGACAUCUCAAAGAACAGGAACUCUUUCAUCUACCGGCUUGUCAACAAAUUUUAUAACCUCAGUAAAUCUCCUAACAUCUGAGCCUCCUACUUACUGGGUUACUAGAGGAACUGCACUUCUAUGUCAGCUAGAUGAUUAAAAGACAACACACUGCUCUUUCCUUCAUUUUUGUGCCAUUUAGUCUAACGUCUUAUUUAUCUUCAGUCCUGUAGACAAAAUAAAAUAAACUGAAUGUAAUACUUAA